AUGGAACCGUCUCGCCCGAAAUCACCACAGGAUGGAAGCAAAUUGUUGAAGAAAUUUGUGCAUAGAGCAGAUCAACGUCGUGUUGCCUGUCGGAAUGCUUGGAAAGGGAGAGAAUUUUGGCCACGACCUCCUGAAUAUCAACAUAAUAUUUCUCAUCGACCGGAUACACAGAAGCCUUCGAAUGAUGGUCGAUCGGAAACUCGUUUAGGAACCACAGUGGGUACAAGUAAUCAAUUGGAACCAAAUGCAUCAGGGGUUUGCGGGCUGUACGCGCGGUGCAAUUUAAUAGAAUCAACGACCCUAGCGCUGCUUCCUGCCGCAACAAGUGGACUGGGUGUGACAAAGAAACCGGCAUUUACUUUGACAAGACGCAAGCUACAGACGGAGAGUAUUACAGGGACAUCGAGAACUAUGAUGGGGUGGAGUCCGGUCACAACCGCAAUUACAACUUCGCAGCACAUCGAUCGCACUAGUAGCGUAAGUAAGUUGGCAACAAAACUUGACACUAUAUUGCGUAGCUCUCCUUGGAUGCGACGACGAAAAGUUAUAAUUGAAACUAAAUCCGAGAACUUAGAUCAGAGGGGACAAUAUAAUGCAGCAUCUCCACAAAUCACGCCAGCUUGUCCAGUCUCAAAGCUUCAACUUCAUACUUCCUGUAAUGGAAAAGAAACCUUACCCAGCAAGACAAAUACAGUACUUUACAAACAUCGUUUGAGAGUUCUCCAUGACUCCCGAGAAGCAAAAAGGCGUGCUGUGGUUGUUAUUAGAAGAUUUGUUCGACUUUGGCGUUCUCGAAAACAGCAUUCAGACGAUCCCGCUUCUUCCAUUAUGAGCGAAAAUGGCAGCAUCCAGCAAAGUACUUCAGUACGUUAUACAAAAAGUAACGAUAAAGCACGAGGUGACAAAUUCGAGCGUGAGAUUGACACCCAGGCGACAACUGUUGCUAGUAUCUUCAGACGCCGAAUGGUUGGAGAAGUACCUGCACAUAAAUUUACUGAGAAAGGUGAGCUGCUGGCUAUCGGUCAUAGCCAGCACAAAUCGGCUCAGAUCGCUAUAUCCAGAGCGCGAGCUGGAUUUAAAAUUGACGAUAAGAGAGACAAUUUGUCGCUCGAUUCGUAUCGUGGGCUACAGUGUCAGACUCAUCGUCUUACAAAACCCAGAAGCAUUUGCUACCCAUUUGAUACAAAUGGAGGCCGUCGCUUCAGAAAACAAUUGGAUGCCCCGCAAACACACAGAUCAGGAAAUCACAUCAUCACAAUACGCAGGAAGAGCGGAAAUUUAACGAUCGAACGGGCGACAAACAAAAGCUUACAACGCAGAAUGAUCUUCCGCGUCAAAGUCAAGCGCCGAGCAAUUGAACAGCUUACAUACGAUUUUACGAGGAUGAAAAAAGGUCUUGCGGUAAAGCUGGGAUAUCAGUUGGCUCUUCGCCAAGCUGAAAAUGAGCGAAUGUCUGCCAAACGAUAUUCGCUACUUUUUUCCAAUGAUGCCAAUUUGCCACCACACUUGACCCUAAAAGAGUUACAUCUAGCUCAACUGCGAUACAAAAAGUCGAAUCUACUGGCGCAAUGUCAAUCAUUGGAGUUGCUUGGUGCUGCGUUGCAUUGUAUUGAGUCGGCAGGGGAAGUCAGCGGUCUUAAAAUAUCGGCUGGUGAGCAGCAAUUCCUCGAACUUCUACGCAGCGCUGUCCAAGGCGAUCACGUGCUAACUCAGCUUCUUGUUGAUGGUAUACGAGGACAAUUCACAACUGAACAACGGCAAAAACCUUUGAUUGCGGGUCUACUGAGGUUGCUGGAAAGAGUAACAUUACGCCCACAAUAG